AUGACUUUUGGAACAGGUGGCGAGCGUGGAGGCAGGGGCGAGCGCGGGGCGCGGGCAGGCGGGCGCGCGUGGCGGGGCGCCGCGUGGCGCGGGCACGCGCGGCACACGGGCGCGGGCAAGGAGGCGCAGAGCCGGGCGGGGGCGCGGGGACAGGUGGCGCGAGCGGCGAGCGGAGGCGCAGGCAGGGGCGAGCAUGGGGCACGGGCCGACGGCGGCGUGGCGGGCGCCGCGCGCGGGCGGCGGGCUGCGCGGCAGGCGGGCACGUGGGGCGGGGCACCGCUGGCGCGGUGGGGGAGAAGGAGAGGGAGAGGAGAGGGAGAGCGGCGCUCAGUGGGCGGGCAGCCGUGGCGCGCGGCGGCGGCGCGGCAGGCGGGCGCGCUCGGCGGCCCGCCGCGUGGCGCGGGGAGAGAGCGGGAGAGGAGAGGAGAGGAGAGGAGAGGAGAGGCGGGGCCCAGCUGA